GGUCUCUCUCAGCGACACAGUCCCGCUUUCAGAGACUCUGAGAGACCGAACAUUUUUAUCUUGGGGUCUACCCCAGCUGAGAUGAAACGCCUGGAAUUUCUAACCCAACUAUAGCACAAUCAAAUGAUACUUCAUCUAUUAAAAUCAACCAUGAAAGCCUGAGCUUCUCUAUUAAUACAGCUUUGAAUUUAGCAAUAAUUGUUUGAAGGUGAGAAUAUUUGGAGAGACCCAUCAACUUCUUUAUCUUCUCUGUUCAAAAUUGACACUGAAACCCCUUCAUAAUAGUCUUUUACAAUAUUGUCUGUAAACAGUUCUUAAUUAAAAUGUCCUACUAAAUUAGGGACCAUGCAAAAAAAUAUACGUAUUGUGUACAUAUAGGUAAUGAUUACGUUAACGUGAAACGAAAAAAAUUCUCUGACUCGGAAUUCCCCAUUAAAAAACCACAAAUUAUAAAAGUAAAUGUUCGAGAAAAAUCACCCAAUAACUCAGUGUCACUUGGUAUGUUUACUGCCUGAUGUGAGGAAUAUGUUUUGAACAUGACCCGAAACAAUAUUUUAUUAUUGAUAUUACUGCUUGCUAUCGUAAUCAAUGGAUCAUUAUCCUUUCUCCUACCACCUGUAGUCAUAAUUGGAGUUAAACCAGUGUAUGGAUACAAACCAUGGUAUAGACCACAUUAUGGAUACCGACCGGGAUUUGGACCUAGACCAGGAUUUGGGUAUAGGCCAGGAUUUGGAUAUAGACCAGGAUUUGGUGGUGGUUUUGGAGGCGGUGGUGGAUUCGGUGGAGGAGGUGGAGGUGGAUUCGGAGGGGGUGGUGGAUUCGGAGGAGGUGGUGGAUUUGGAUUUGGUGGAGGUGGUGGAUUUGGUUAAAUAAGGGGUACUAUUAUGGUGUAAUAAUACGCAAUAAAUUGCAAAAAUAUGAUUUCUGUUAAUUU